GCGAGGCCGAGUUUGAUGAGGCAUGGAGCAGCAUGGUUUCGGAUUGUUUUCCCGGUAGUGAAACUGUCGAUGGCCACCAAUGGAUGCAAUAUUUGAAGAAAUUUCGUCAUCAAUGGUGUUCCUUAUAUCUGAGAGAUCAAUUCACAGCGGGAAUGUUGACAACGCAAGCCAGUGAGUCGUGCAAUUCACAAGUGCGACUCUUCUUGAAACCGAAACAUAAUCUCGACGAGUUUUUCAUUCACUUUACCGGUUUGUUGGCUGACAAAAGGCGCAAAGAGACUGAGUCCGACUAUGAUGCCUUACAAUCAGCCCCUUACAUAGUGUUGGAGAAAAGUUCCAUCCUCCAACAUGCUGCCAAGAUCUUCACGAAAAAUAUCUUCCACCGGAUUCAAGAGCAAUAUCUGGAAAUUGAGGACUAUCUAAUUGAGCUUGUUCAAGAUAAUAGGGAUGAUGGCUUCAUUAGCUACCGUACAUAUAAGAUGGAGGAUGAUGAGCGUAGCGAUGAACGUGUCAUUCUUGUCGAUACUUCUACGGCCACAUUGGUAUGCGAUUGUAGGAUGUUUAGAACAUUCGGGGUCUUAUGUCGGCAUAUGCUUAAGGUGAUGCGAUUUCUUGGAGAGUUUGGGAACGAUAGUAUGAGAACUAUUCCAGAUCAUUACAUACUCAAGCGAUGGACGUUGGAGGCGAGAAGGAAAGAGGUUGGUGAUGGUGAUGCUGAUGAGAAAGGCGAUACUUCACAUAGUCAUGAGAAUGAGACGGGAAAAGGAGAUAUAGCAAUGAGGUACCGAGAAACCACUGCAAUGUUUAAUCAGCUCGCAACAAAAUUGUCAAUGGCGGAUGAGAAAGUGUACAACAGGUGGAUGGGAGCAUUGCAGAAAGUGUGCAAGGAGGCAAACAAGGCAUUGUCAAAG